AUGACGCUCGCGGACGCGCGCGACGGGGACGCGGCGUUCGAAGCGAACAGAGUCGCCGGGAACGCGGCGUACGACCGCGAGGCGUUCGUCGAGGCGACGGCGCGCUACACGGAGUGCGUCGAAGCGCUGGAGAAACGCCUCGGUUCGGCGGAGGGCGAAGGCACGGCGCGGCGCGCGUGCGCGAUUCGCGCGAACCGCGCGGCGUGUUUCGUGAAGCGCGGUAAGCACGCGCUCGCGAUGGAGGACGCGUCGUGGGUGAUCGCGCGACCGCUCGAGGCGGGGGCGGGGAUUCUCGCCAAGGCGCUGUACAGGCGCGCGCGCGCGCGCGAAGGCGUCGGCGACGUCGAGGCGGCGUUGGCCGAUUUGCGGGCGGCGGAAAAGAUCGAUCCACACGAUGCGUUGAUUCAAAGCGCAUUGAAUAAUUUCACGUCGGUGUUCCACAUCGCCGUCGUUCUCGAUAGAGCGUCGCCGGAGGUGCUCGCGAGACAGCCCGCGUGGCGAAAUUUCAAGCCAGAGACGAGGCCGUAG